AUGGAUGUAAAUAGUUCGAAGGAUAUAGGUGGCGAUGACAUGUUGAUUUCGGCAGCUAUAGGUUCUGCUGAAGUUCCAGAAGCGUCCCCUGAUUCACUAAAAAACACGCCAUCUAACAUUGCAAAAUUGGAGGAUGUGAUCGAGCACUGCGAAGGUAGGCAGAAGUAUCUUGCACAGACGAGGAGUCCUUCCGAUGGCGGUGAUGUCCGCUGGUAUUUCUGUAAAGUACCUUUGCUUGGGAAUGAGCUAGCUGCAUCUGUUCCUAAGACUGAAAUAGUAGGGAAGGGUGACUAUUUUCGAUUUGGCAUGAGGGAUUCUCUUGCAAUAGAGGCAUCUUUCUUGCAGAGGGAGGAUGAACUACUUUCUAUCUGGUGGAAAGAGUAUGCAGAAUGUAGCGAGGGGCCAAAAGAAAGAGCUGGCUCUAGUCUGAGGCUUGAUAAACAAAGAAAUGAAUCUGCUUCAGAGGUUGCUAAAUUGUAUGACAUUGAAGAAGAGCGAGUUGGUGUCCCUGUCAAAGGAGGACUCUAUGAGGUAGAUUUAGUGAAGAGACAUUGUUUUCCUGUUUAUUGGAAUGCAGAAAAUCGUCGGGUGAUGAGAGGCCAUUGGUUUGCUCGUAAAGGAGGACUUGAUUGGCUUCCACUUCGGGAGGAUGUUGCUGAACAGUUGGAAAUUGCCUAUCGUAGUCGGGUGUGGCACCGGAGAACAUUUCAGCCGUCUGGACUUUUUGCAUCCCGGGUUGAUUUACAAGGAUUUACCCCAGGACUUCAUGCCCUUUUCACUGGAGAAGAUGAUACUUGGGAGGCCUGGCUGAAUGUUGAUGCUUCUGCUUUUUCUAGUGUUAUUAGUUUGGGUGGCAAUGGAAUUAAGUUAAGGCGUGGCUACUCCCCAUCUAAUUCGCCUAAACCCACUCAGGAUGAUUUGCGUCAGCAAAGGGAAGAAGAAAUGGACGAUUACUGUUCACAGGUUCCUGUUCGACAUCUUGUGUUUAUGGUUCAUGGUAUUGGUCAAAGAUUGGAGAAAUCUAAUCUAGUUGACGAUGUUGGGAAUUUUCGGCAUAUCACAUCCAGUCUUGGAGAGCGACACCUCACUUUACACCAACGUAGCACUCAAAGAGUCCUCUUUAUCCCCUGCCAGUGGAGGAAGGGUCUGAAGCUUAGUGGUGAAGCUGCUGUUGAAAAAAUUACUUUAGAUGGAGUGAAGGGUUUGCGUGUCAUGUUGGGUGCGACUGCUCAUGAUGUUUUAUAUUACAUGAGCCCCAUAUAUUGUCAGGACAUCAUCAACUCGGUAUCUAACCAAUUAAAUCGACUUUAUAUGAAGUUCCUUAGAAGGAAUCCAGGGUAUGAUGGAAAGGUUUCCAUCUAUGGACAUUCUUUGGGAAGUGUCCUUUCAUAUGAUAUCCUCUGCCACCAGGAGAAUCUGUCAUCUCCUUUUCCAAUGGAUUGGAUGUAUGGGGAGCAUGCUAGAAGUGAAGGGUUCUCAGGGGUGGACAAUCAAUACUCUGCGCAUAACUCUUCCUUUGAUACAGAGGAUAACUGUUCAACUGCCGUUUAUGGAUGUUCAGACUUACACCUGGCUAAAGAGGAUGAUGAGAGAAAUAUGCAUCAAAUGCAUUUGGAAGAUCCUUCAGUUGUUGUGGACCCUGUGGCGUCACAUUCAUCUGAUCUCAUUACCAAACAAGAAAAUCCUUGUGGGGUGGCUGACUACGAUUCCAGUGAAAGGCUUCCCCAAACAAGCGAUGAGGUGGAGGGGUUAAAUAAAAAUGAAAACUGCGACUUAGAGGUUCCUAGUGUAAAUAGAACCAGUGAGCUACAAUUUGAGGAUUCAAAUGAUAAAGACGAAGUAAUCAAAUCCCUGAAAGAAGAGGUUGAUUAUCUUAAAAACAAGUUGGCAGAACUUGAAUUGGUGUCUGCUAAUAGGGAUACAGAUGGAGGAUUGAGUGAAGGAAAGAAGAAAAGUUUAAUAGGUAUGCCUAAGGAGCCCAUGUUAGAAGAGGUACCUCCUGAACAAGAUGAUGGCUCAAAGAGUUUUACUCCUAGUAUAAAGUACAAAAAGCUUGCAUUUAAGGUUGAUACAUUUUUUGCUGUUGGAUCUCCUCUUGGCGUCUUUCUUGCACUUCGUAAUAUCCGUAUUGGAAUUGGAAAAGGGCAAGAAUAUUGGGAUGAAGAAAAUAUAAAUGAAGAGAUGCCAGCUUGUCGACAAAUGUUUAACAUUUUUCAUCCAUUUGAUCCUGUAGCAUAUAGAGUAGAGCCACUUGUUUGCAAGGAGUACAUGCUUAAACGACCUGUUAUUAUACCUUUCCAUAGAGGUGGAAGGAGGUUGCAUAUUGGAUUUCGUGAAUUUGCUGAUAACUUGGCUCUUCGUUCCCAGGCAAUGAAGGACAAUCUACACACUUUUGGGGUGAAAGUACUCACAGUUUGCCAAUCUAGAAAAGCAGAUGGUCCAGAAGAAGAAGCUGAGGAUUUUCAAGGAGAACUGAAGUCUUAUGGUGUUGCAAUGAUGGAGAGAUUGACAGGGAGGGAAGGAGGGCGGAUUGAUCACAUGCUUCAAGAUAAAACAUUUGAGCAUCCAUAUCUGCAAGCCCUUAAAUCCCAUACAAACUACUGGAGGGAUCAUGACACUGCUCUUUUCAUAUUGAAACACUUAUAUCAAGAUAUUCCUGAAGAUCCCGAUACACCUCCAGAAUUUACUGGACCCAAUUCGAAAGAUUGCUGGUACAAAAAAAAAGAAACUAUUGAAGAGGAGAUUUCUUUAACAUUUUCCGAUGAGGCUGUGGUACGGAACUUCUCGAGGAAGGCAAAGAAAAUGAUGAAAAAUCGAAGAUAGACAUCAAAUAUAGCGAAAGGCAAUGACAUCAUCUCUGUGGCCUAAACCACUUCCAAGGUUUAGCGAACGUUGAUGGUGACUGGACGGCUGGGAUUGUUACGUGAUAAUGAAUUUGAAAGUGGGGAAGACAUUUGGUCACUUAACUCGAAUUCUCUCGAAAAGAAAACAGAAUGGGGAUGUAACAAUUCCAGAUCAAGACAUGAAACUUGUAUACGUGUAAAUUUAUAGUUAAAACGUUUGAUGUGAGCUAAAUGUGAUAAGACUUGUAAGCAAGUUAUUGAAAGACAGAGGAAGAGAUUAGUCUAGUAAAACGCUAAUUUAACCAUGUAUGAUUUAGCCUCCAUUGAUAUUUAUCAAAUUGGAACAUACUUUACAGGGAAGCACACAUGAAAAUCAAAACAAAUCUUAUUUGUUA